AUGCCCCACCUCCGCGCCCGCGAAGUCCAGCAGCUUUUGCACAACAAGUUCGUCGUCGUCUUGGGGGACUCCAUCCAGCGCGCCGUGUACAAGGACCUGGUGCUCCUGCUCCAGAAGGACUGCCUGCUGUCUUCCAGUCAGCUCAAGAGCAAGGGCGAGCUGAGCUUCGAACAGGACGUGCUGCUGGAGGGCGGCAGGUGGGGCGGCUUGCACAACGGCACCCACUACCGCGAGGUUCGCCAGUUCUGCUCCGGACGCCACUUGGUUCGCUUCUACUUCCUCACGCGCGCCUACUCGCCCUACGUCGAGGACAUCCUCCAGCAGCUGCACUGGGGCGAUUACACCCCCGACUUGGUGGUCGUCAACUCGUGCCUCUGGGACCUGUCCAGGUACGGGAACAAUUUCUUCCGGAGCUACCGAAAAGACCUGGAGAGGCUGUUCCAGCGCCUGGAUCAGGUGCUGCCCACCUCCUGCCUCCUGGUGUGGAAUACCACCAUGCCCGUAGCCGAGGUUGUAUCCGGGGGUUUCCUGCGGCCUAAUGCUCCGGCCUGCCCCUCACGCCUACGUGAAGACGUGGUGGUAGCCAACUUCUACAGCUCAGCGGAGGCGAUGAGGCGUGGCUUCGAUGUGCUGGAUCUCCACUUCCACUUCCGCCAUGCAGGCCAGCAUCGGCUGAGGGAUGGCGUGCACUGGGAUGAGCGCGCACACCGCCACCUCUCACAGCUGCUACUGGCACACGUGGCAGACGCCUGGGGUGUGAUCCUUCCAGCACGCAACCCCGUGGGCAGGUGGAUCAGGGAUGUUCCUGCUGAGAGACAGCCAUACUGGUCAGACAGAAGACAGCCUCAAGACUACCACCAAUGUGAGCGGCAUGAACCCGUUGUGCCCAGGCACCCUCCCUCUCCCAGGUACCACCACCACAGCCCUCAGAGAUCUUCCUCCUACCCUCAAUACCUGCCCAGCCACAGAGAGGACCGUGUGGCCCCCUCCACAUCCUUCAGGCACAGAGAUUACCCGAGGCACAGGCAUGGAUAUUCCAGGGAUACCACCUCAUCUGUUCGUGAACAUAGGCCGGGCCCCAUCCGCAGGGUAAGGGAAGCUUCCUCUUACCCUUCCAGGCACCACAGUGAGUCAUACAGAUCCCACAGAAGGCACAGUUAUAGGCACACCUAA